CUGCUCGUCACUCCAAUCUUCUGUUCUUCACCUCUGUGCUGGCCCUGCUAGUCCCUCUUCUUGCUCUGGACAUUGAAAACCUGGAAAGAUUAAAAGCAAAUUUAAGUGAAAUCACUAAUCUCCAUUCAGAAAUCCCUCUCAUAGGGCCAGACAAGCAGACUGGGGGGUUAUGUACCUGUUGGUUCUCCAUGUCCUCUCCUGCCCCAGGUUGGCCCAAGGACUGCAGUGAGAUCCGCACUGGCAGCCCCAGCGGCAUCUACGUCAUCCAGCCCACAGGACUGCACCCCAUCGUGGUGUACUGUGAAAUGAAUGUGACAGACGGGGGCUGGACAGUCAUCCAGAGGAACCGGCAGAACACGGAGAUCACCUGGGCUGAGUCCUGGAGCACCUACAAGUACGGCUUUGGGAACAUGCACACUGACUACUGGCUGGGCACUGAGUACAUCCAUCAGAUCUCCAAGCAGAAGGUCUACCAGGUCAGGUUUGUCAUCUGGGAUGCCACAAAUAACACCAAGUUUGCUGACUACAACCUCUUCCAUGUGGAAAAUGAGUCCCAGGGCUACCGGCUGAGGCUGGGAACAUACUCGGGGUUGGCAGGGGAUGCCAUGACCUCAAACAGUGCUUCCACCGUGCACGACAACAUGAAGUUCUCUGCUAAAGAUCUGGAUCAUGAUACUCACAGCGGGAACUGUGCCUCCAGCUACGGGGGCGGGUGGUGGUACUCGGCGUGUUAUUCUGUACGGCUGAAUGUCAAGGGGGGUAUAACGUGGGGCAGCCUGUGCAACGGGAACUGCAAAGCUUCUGCCAUCCUCAUCAAACCAGCUCCCUACUGCUAG